AUGGCAGGUGUGGUGUACCCCAGACAGGCCCCUGUGGAUUUAGACAUAUACAAGAGCUCCUACAUGGUUGACUACCAACCCUACGGGAAGCACAAGUACUCCAGAGUCACACCACAAGAGCAAGCGAAGCUGGAUGCCCAACUCCGGGAGAAAGAAUUUUAUAGGGCCAUCCCCAGCUCUAAACCCAAGCUAGAGGAUGGAUACCCCGCCUUCAGAAGACCCCACAUGACUGCCAAAGACCUGGGACAGCCCGGCUUCUUCCCCCCGCAGGACCAGGACCGAGUGGCCACAGCGGAGGACGAGUUCAGGUUCACCAGUAUCUGCCAUUCCGUGUACCCCGUUUCCCACGCCCUGUACCGGGCCCGGGGUACCCCUAACCGGGUCCGCCAGAGUGCCGGCUUUCCGUGCCUCCUGGAGCCCGAGCUCCAGCCUGCACCUGAGGAGGGCAAGGGCUACUUUCUACUGCCUGGCUGCCUAUGUCCCUAUCACCAUAAAGUCAAGUUCCCUAUCUUGAACCGAUGGGGGCCCUUGAUGCCAUUUUACCAGUAG